GGCUGCUGCAGGCGCCAUUUUUUUGUAGGCCCAGGCCCGUGGGGGCCAAUGGGAAAGCAGUGGUCUCUCCCAGCGAACGUUCCAGGCAGAGUGCGUCUCAGCCAAUGAGCGGCCGUUCCGUGGUUGCUAGGAUACACAGUAGGGACCUGAGUAACCGCCAUUUCCGAGGUUGGGACUGGCUGGCGCAUCGCACCUUGCCUCGUCCCACUUUACCUCACCGCUUCUCGCCUUACCUCACCUACCGCAUCUCGCUGAACUGUACCGAACCGCACCGAACUGCACCGCAGAACUAGGCCGGUCGGAGACAGCGCACCCAACGCCGAGAAUGCCGGGGCCAAGGAGCCGUGGAGGGUCUUCUCGUCGCCAGAGGCAGAACCGCGCCCGCACCAGCACCAGCAGAGCUGAGCUGUCAUUCUCUGUGAGCCAUGUGGAGCGCCUCCUGAGAGAAGGCCACUACGCCCAGCGCCUGGGGUCGACGGCACCGGUCUACCUAGCGGCGGUCAUCGAGUACCUCACGGCCAAGAUCCUGGAGCUGGCGGGCAAUGAGGCCCAGAACAACGGUCAGCGGCGUAUCACUCCGGAGUUCAUCGACAUGGCACUCCAUAACAACGCGCUGCUGAGCAGUUUCUUCCAGAACACCACCGUCUCCCAGGUGGCUCCUUCACAGCAUUAGCUGCCCACCAUGACCGACCUGGGUCCCCAGGCCUCAGCCCUAGGACACCAGGCCUGCUCACAGCCCGGGCAGCCUGGCCUGUCUUGUGCCUUGGGCAGUCAUUGAAAAAAGUCAAUAAAUUGUUUAAAGGAACCCAUGUGCAUUCUUCAGUCACUUUGUGUGGGAGGUGGUCAUGGGACAUAACUCGUUGGAUGGAUGGGGGUGGCGUGGGUGUCUGCUUUGGGGUGGGGGGGGGUAGCUGGAGUCAGGGAUGAGAGAGGAGCAGUCUCUCAUGGUGACAGUGCAGGGGGUGGACCUGGGUGGGAGAGGCUGGCUGGGGUCGGGGGUGAGGCUGACUUAUGGAAGACUGCGCCAUUGCCCUUGAGCAAGUCAGAGCCUGGCAAAGUCCCCAGAAGGAUAAAGUUCCUUGGGUUGGAGCGCAAGACCAUGACUGCAGCGUCGUGAUAGGGUGAACUUGCAGUGGCGACCGGGGUGCUGCAGGAUCGAGGGGUGGACAGAGCGGUUGGCAUGGACUCCCAUGGGGCAGCAGCUUUGACAGGAAGAUUGAGGAAUGAUGAGGGGACAAUCAAGAAAGAUGCAAAGUUAACUUUUUUUUUCAUAUUUAGU